CCAGCCCGCUGCCCGCAAGGACCCACAGCCAAGAUGGCGGCAGCCGCGCUGAAGCCGCGCUGCCUCCCGCGGUUCUUUGUGGCUCUGGGUCCCAGGUCCCGUAGCUACCAUGCGCCGCCGCCCCCGCGUCGCCGACCCGGGCCCCAUUGGCCAGACCCGGAGAACCUACUAACCCCGAGAUGGCAGUUAGGGCCGCGCUAUGCUGCCAAGCAGUUCGGGAGGCACGGCACCACCUCCGGGGUGGACCCCGCCUCCCUGUGGCCGUCCCCAGAGCAGCUGCGCGAGUUGGAGGCCGAGGAGCGAGAAUGGUUCCCGAGCUUAGCGACUAUGCAAGAGUCGCUGCGCGUGCAGCAGGAGGCCGAGGAGGCAAAGCGUCGAGCCAGGGAGCAGCACAUCUCAGAGUGCAUGGCCAAGAUGCCACAGAUGAUUGCGAACUGGAGAAAGCAGAAGCGAGAACGCUGGGAGAAAAUUCAGGCUGACAAGGAGCGGAGGGCCCGGUUACAGGCCGAGGCCCAGGAACGCUUGGGCUACCACGUGGACCCCAGGAGUGCCCGCUUCCAGGAACUGUUACAGGACCUAGACAAGCAGCAGCGAAAGCGCCUCAAGGAUGAGAAACAGCGGCAGAGGAAGGAAGCACGGCUUGCUGCUGUGGCCUCUGCUGAAGCCCAGGACCCAGCAUCUGAUGAACCCAGCUCCUGAAAGCUCCUUUCCCAAUAAAGCCAGCUGCUGACAGCCCCUGUUCUAGAA